AUGUUGGCUGAGAGGCAGUCGGGGACUUUGCCUAGCAAUAUAGAGUCCAACCCGAGAGACCACGUGAAAGCUAUCACUUUGCGAUCAGGUAAGGAACUAUCUAGUUCUAUUCCUAUUCCUGGUGAUGAUGAUGUUGUGCAGGUAGAUUCGAGUAGGAAAGAUAGAGAUAGCAAGGUGAUGGAGCCAGAGAAGCUAUUUCGUCAGAUGCCUAGGUAUGCGAAGUUCUUAAAGAAGAUCCUUAGCAACAAGAAAAAGUUAGAGAACUUGGUGAUCGUGACCCUAAAUGAGGAGUGUUCGGCUGUACUUAAGAAUAAAUUGCUAGAGAAGAAGCGUAAUCCUAAGAUUUUUAUUGUCCCUUGUGUGAUUGGUGAUUUGACAAGCAAUGCUUUAGCUGAUUUAGGAGCUAGCAUUAAUUUUAUGUCGUACAGUUUGUUUACCAAGUUAGGGCUGAGUGAGACUAAACCUACUAGGAUGAGCAUACAGUUAGCUGAUAGGACUGUUAAGCAUCCUAGGGGUAUUAUAGAGUAUGUACUUGUUAAGAUUGAAAAAUUUAUAUCUCCUGUUGACUUUGUGAUCAUGGACAUGGAUGGUGAGAGUAAUGUACCUUUGAUUCUAGCUCGAUGUUUCCUUGCAACAUCUAGGGCUAUUAUACAUGUUUGUGAUGGAGAGCUUGAACUUAGGGUAGGGGAUGAAACUGUCACUUUUCAUUUGAACAGUUCUAUGAGACAGUCCUUAGAUCAUGAUGUUACUGUGUUUUCUAUUGAUUUACUUGAUGAUGUUAUUGAUACACAGUUACAGGAGAUAUUACUUGAUGAUCCUUUACAAGUUGCCUUGCAAGCAGAGGAUGAGCAUGAGCUAUCGAAUGAGAGUGUGUUAGAGCAGCUUGCAUUUUUGUUAGCUAAUGUACCAAGCAAGAAUAUUUAA